GUGCCGUGGGUGCCGGUGGGGCGGGAGGAAGGAUGCCCGUUUCCCGGCGGAGCCGUCAGCUGACGCCGCCGUUUCCUGGCCGUGCCCGCCAUGCUGCGGCUGCUGCUCCCGCUGGCCGCCCUGGCCGCGCUCCUCCGGGCGGCGAAUGUACCCCAGAGGAGUUUUGGGAUCGAUUAUGAUUCCAACUGCUUUGUCAAAGAUGGGGAGCCUUUCCGGUACAUCUCUGGCAGCAUUCACUACUCACGGGUGCCCCGGUAUUACUGGAAAGACCGCUUGUUGAAGAUGAAGAUGGCAGGGCUUGAUGCCAUUCAAACGUAUGUCCCAUGGAACUACCAUGAAACCCAGAUGGGCGUAUAUGAUUUUUUUGGUGACAAAGAUCUGGAGUAUUUCCUGCAGCUUGCUAAUGAAAUUGGAUUGCUUGUUAUCCUGAGAGCUGGACCUUACAUCUGUGCAGAAUGGGACAUGGGAGGUCUUCCUGCAUGGCUGUUGGAGAAGAAAUCUAUUGUUCUCAGGUCUUCUGAUCCAGAUUACCUGGCAGCAGUAGAGAAAUGGAUGAGUGUCCUUUUGCCAAAGAUGAGGCCUUACCUCUAUCAAAACGGAGGUCCAAUCAUCAUGGUGCAGGUAGAGAAUGAGUAUGGAAGCUACUUCGCUUGCGACUAUAACUAUCUGCGUUUCCUUCUGAAGCUCUUUCGCCUGCAUCUUGGUGACGAGGUGGUGCUUUUCACAACUGAUGGUGCAAGCCAGUUUCACUUGAAAUGUGGAGCUCUUCAGGGUCUCUAUGCAACAGUGGACUUUGCCCCAGGUGGCAAUGUCACAGCAGCAUUCUUAGCUCAAAGGAGCAGUGAACCUAAGGGCCCUUUGGUUAAUUCUGAGUUUUAUACUGGAUGGUUGGAUCACUGGGGGCACCGUCAUUCUGUUGUGCCCGCACAAACUAUAGCUAAAACACUUAAUGAAAUCCUGGCACGUGGUGCUAACGUUAACCUGUACAUGUUUAUAGGUGGCACUAAUUUUGCCUAUUGGAACGGUGCUAAUAUGCCCUAUAUGUCACAGCCCACUAGUUAUGACUACGAUGCUCCACUGAGCGAAGCAGGAGAUCUGACAGAAAAAUAUUUUGCCUUGAGAGAAGUCAUUGGUAUGUAUAAGCAGUUACCAGAAGGUCUUAUCCCUCCAACAACACCCAAAUUUGCAUACGGGAAGGUUCGCUUGCAGAAGGUGGGCACUGUGGUGGAGGUUCUUGAUGGGCUGUCACCUUCUGGACCAGUGAAAAGCACUUAUCCAUUGACCUUUGUUCAGCUAAAGCAGUAUUUUGGGUUUGUACUGUACAGAACUACACUUCCAAAAAACUGUACGGAGCCAACGGAACUGUCUUCACCUUUAAACGGAGUCCAUGAUCGUGCCUAUGUCUCUGUCGAUGGGGUUCCUCAGGGUGUCCUUGAAAGGGGCAAAUCACUUACGAUAAAUAUAACUGGAAGGGCUGGAGCAAAUCUGGACCUCUUGGUAGAGAAUAUGGGCCGAGUCAACUUUGGUAGAUACAAUAAUGACUUUAAGGGUCUAGUUUCAAAUUUAACUCUUGCUCAGGAUAUACUUGUUGGAUGGGAAAUGUAUCCUCUAGACAUAGAUGGAGCAGUGAACUAUGGCAUUGUUCCUCUCUUCGAUCAACCGGAGAGAUUUGUUGGCAAUCCACUGAAUGACGAAGUACCUACGUUUUACACUGGUAGUCUUUCAAUUCCUGGAGGGAUUCCAGACUUGCCACAAGACACCUAUGUCAGUUUUCCUGGCUGGACAAAGGGGCAAAUUUGGAUCAAUGGCUUUAAUCUUGGUCGCUACUGGCCAGCCCGUGGUCCUCAGUUGACCCUUUAUGUUCCAAGGAACGUACUUGUUUCAUCGGUGCCGAACAACAUAACAGUCUUGGAGCUGGAGAGUUCUCCUUGCAGCACUCAGGCGUGCGAAAUAGAAUUUGUAGAUGAACCUAAUAUCAAUGCAACCAUACAAUAUGAAAGUUAUGACCACCAGCUCUUCGUUAGAGACAUGUGGCUGACCCAUCUAUAAUGAUUUGAGUGUUUCUUUGUCUUUCCCCCACUUUGCUUCCCUUUCCAUCAAAUCGUACUGAUUUGACACCAAGUCUUUAAAAAAGGGAAGUUGCUUUGCUGAGGCAACUUUUUAAAUUCUUCAAAGACUUUUUUUUUUUUUCAAAUCUCUCAGAGGUAAAUAUUGAAGUUCUUUCUAAAAAUAAAAGCUGCAGCUCUAACAUUUGCCUUGGACUGUGAAAUUGAAGUCAACUGGAAGGUAAUGUUUGCAUCAGUCUAGUAAAAAUGUACGCUGCUUGCACCACAGUAACCUUC